AUGUUUUCGGGGUUCUUGUUCUUUCGCUAUUUAUGGGAAGUUAUUUUUCAUAAAUACUGCAUAAUCUUAGCUGGCAUUCAUGUGAACAAAAUUCUCAAUUCAACAUCGUAUAAUGUGUCACACAACCGUCUUAUUCUACAUGAUUUGUCGAAGUUCAGCAAGAGCGAGUUUUGGCCGUAUGCUAAUUAUUUCUUUGGUGGGAAAAAGAAUGGUGAGGAGUUCCAUCGGGCCUGGUUACACCAUGUAGAGAAUAAUGAUCACCAUUGGGAACAUUUUAUCGAGGAUUAUCCGUCGGUUGCGAAGAAUAUUUCGAGAAAUGAGACUUUGGAAGGUUUGAUCAUCCAUGAAAUGCCCGACGAAGCGAUUUUGGAAAUGAUUGCGGAUAAUCUGGCCGCAUCGAGAUCGUAUGAAGGUCAUUGGCCAGAUGGAAACAAGAAAGAUGGGUGGAAAUGGAUGACGAAUUCUUAUGAAAAACAUCGUUUACAUCCGAUAACACGAAUUAAGUUCGGGGCGUUUCUAUGUGCGUUGGGUUAUGCGCGGGUGCUCCCAAGAGAAUACGAUUGGAGUUUGAUCGACAAAGCAAGUUUAUCCAGCGAGGAAAAAAGCAGAAUUUGGAGUUUGAAAACAUUGGCUGAUUUGAAUAAUUAA